AUGGCUAAUAGCCAUGUUAUUGUCCAGCUAGGAUCGCAGGUUGUGUUGGCUGGAACAUGUGGGGAAUACGAGCCUCUUUUGAGGUAUGUGCGCAGUCCAGGAGAGGUGUUUGACAAAGAUACCAUGUUGAGACUCUUCCGAACCUGGCUACAGGAUCCACUAAUGGUCAACAACAGUGAGACGGAUGUUUUAGUGAUAGAAAAUCUUUUGAUACCUAUGGAGAAAAAACGAUGGUUCUAUCAAAUGUUUCGACAGGAUAUUGGCGUUCGCAGCGUCACAUUUAUCCCUGACGUUUUAACAUCUCUUGUUGCCGGAGGAGUACGUGACGGGUUAGUUAUAGACAUAGGAUGGGAACAUUCAAUAGUUGCACCAAUUUAUGAUUUCCGAAUCCUAGAUUAUCACUUGCAAGUGAGUGUGAAAGGUGGCGCAAAUCUCACCAAUGAAAUCAAGCGGGUGUGCUCCGCAGACACAGACAUCAUUGAGCUCUUGAACUCUCUUUGGAAUCACAACAGUCACGACGAAAACACGGAAAAGGUACGAAUGCUGAUAGACCAUGAGUUCAUUGGCCAAAGAGACGCUACAAAGUUUGACCUCGACGAUUUUCCCAUAGUAUCAAUGGUCUGGAAAGUUUUCGAAAAUUUGGCGCUGGAUGUACGUAAAAAGCUGAGGUCAAAUGUGGUAAUCACUGGGCUCCCUUCUGAGUGUGUGGGGUUAAGAGUGCGCCUACGGGAAGCAUUGAGUCCAGAUUUUGACAUAGUACACACCCUGGGUCCCUGGGCCGGCGGAAGCCUAUAUUGGGAGCAAAUGUUGGAGAGUUUGCCAUUCAAUGAGAGUAUGGAUAAUCAGGAACCAAAUGAUUGGCACUUGCAGAGGUUUAGAGUCCACAAAUAA